GUGAUUUAGGAACACGCUGUCGUAAACCCUACUUCAACACAAAAGUGCGAUUAGUCAGAGAAAUGUCUACGGAUGAAGUGUCAAAGAAUGAUCAGAUGGACCGUGUGUGAUAAUUAUAAAAUAUUUACAUGAAACAAUUAGAGACGCAUUGCCGUCAAGUAGUAAAAUGAUAGAGGCACAAAAUCAUUGUCGGCAACAUUUAUUUUUCUUCUAAUCAUUUAUAAUGGGCUCCAGAUUGAGGCAAGUUUUAUGCCAACAAGAACCAUCCUUAUUUUUAUUACAAAUCCGCAUUCACUGGCUGUUGUCAGUAUAGGUAGAAGAGUCACGGAGAAUGUGAAGCAGCUAUUCGAAUGUUUCUGCGAAGUGGCUGCUCCUGUGGGUGAUCGAGAAGCUUGGUUACUUCAGAAAUUUCCAGAGGCCUUCUCUGAUCAUGAGAUACUCAAAUCUGUUCCAAAAUUUGCAUACCCUUGUGAAUUUGAAAAUAUUGUAGUGCAACAUUUCUCGUUUGUCUUGACGAGUAUAGAUUCUAAAUGGACAUUUGGAUUCUGCAGACAUGAUCCUAAAACUGAAACAGCUCUGGUAGUUCUGAGUGCUUUACCAUGGCACGAGACCUUCUACAAGCUACUGAAUCACAUAGCAACUUUAACAACAAUUGGUGGCGACGGCGACCUAUGGAAAUUCCUUGGUGACGUUUACAAGAGCGGAGUCCCGCUUCCUGGUGCUUCCAUAGCAAUUCCAUCUCCAGAUCCAAAUAUUGUAUUCGUCUGCCAAAGUCCAAAGCAGUUUCAAUUACCUAGUAUACCGGAAAACAGAAAUCUAACAGAAUAUUACAGUGCUGUUGAUUCUCACAACAUGAUGAUGAUAUUCUCUUCGAUGCUUUAUGAAAGACGCAUUAUUUUCACCUCGAAGAAACUCUCGAGAUUGAGCGCAUGCGUACAAGCUUGUAACGCUUUGAUAUACCCAAUGAUUUGGCAACAUAUUUAUAUACCAGUACUACCCUUGGCUCUUAUGGAUUAUCUCUUGGCCCCAAUGCCAUUUCUCAUCGGAGUACCCGCUCCGAUUCUUCAGGAAAUUAAGAUGCGGGUGCGUAAAACCGAUUUAGGAGAAGUCGUUAUUCUGGAUGCUGAUAAUAACAGCAUCGAGUCACCAUUUCAAGAUUUAGAAUCUUUACCCCAGGAUGUGGUAACGAAUUUAAGAAGAGCUUUACGGAACAGACCAAGUUUACUGGGCGACGGAGUGUCAAGAGCUUUUCUAAGAGCCUUGGUACAACUAACAGCUGGUUACAGAGAAGCUCUUACUCUUCAGCAGGGCGAGAGGAUAACAUUCGAUCAGGAUGCCUUUGUUGAAAACAGACCAUCAUCGAUGCAGCCAUUUUUGAGAAAGAUGUUGGAGCUACAGAUCUUCCAGCAGUUUAUAGAAGAGAGACUACACAUGCUUAAUUCCGGCCUUGGUUUCUCAGACGAGUUUGAAAUGGAAGCUUGUAAUUAUUCCGACAAGUCUGGCAGUAAAUUUAGGCAACAAUAUCGCGAAUGGACAUACACGAUGAAGAAGGAGGGUUCUGCAUUUUUUCGCAGCGUCAAGGAUAAGGCAAAUCCAGCAGUCAAAUCUGCAGUGAAGUCGGUAAAAGAUAAAGGCAAGGAUAUGCGUUCGGUUUACAAGGGAAUUAAAUGGAAAGGACGCUCAAGCAGAAAUGAGAACAAUAUGCGAUAUCAACAACCGAGAUCAGCACCGAGUUCACCCACGUUAGAUAGACGACCAGCUACGUUUAGUUCGCCAUCUAAACCGCCUACUGGUUUUACAGCUGCUACAAGUUAUCGCAAGGAACUUAGACUAAGGAAUAGUGCAGUACCAGAAACCAGUAGAAAACAAUAUUCACCAUUAAGUCCAAGUUCACCAGAAGAUACGGAUUCACCUCCAGAACGUCUAGAUAUUGACCUAAUGCAUGAACUACGUGAUGUCAUAUUUCCAAACACACCUCCAGUGGAUAGAACGUUGAAACCAGUGCGCAGUUUAGACAGCUUGAGGUCUGCAUGGAGUGGGCGCUUGCGGCACGGUCCUCUACAUACAACCAAUACCGCAAAUCCUUCAGAAAUAUCCCAUACCUCAUUAUGUUCGACAUUAGACUCUUCUUCGAGCAGUACAGGUUUGCCAGCAGGCAAUGAAAAAUCAGCUAGGUUGAUCAGUACUCCAACUGAAAAUUUAUUAGACAUUUCUGAGGAUCUUACGCAUAAAAAGAACGUAAUACCCGAUGCUAGUACAAUAUUCCCAGGAAAUUCUUCCUUAAAGAAACCAUUAAUCAAUUUUGAGGAAGUUAAAAAUGUGGGACCCACCAGUUCUCAUGAGUUUGUUAAUCCCACAAAUCCAUUUGGUACUCAAAUAUACUUCAAUACCUCAGAGAAAUCCAUUAGUAGUCUCAGGGUGGAAUCUGACAAUAUUCGCUAUGAACCUGUAGAAGGAGCUCCUCCUAUUGUAGAAAGGAAUCUUCUUACCUCUAGCAGCUGGAGCGGUAGUAGUUUACUGGACAGAUGUCUAAAUCCUCAGGAAGAGGAUGUCGAGGAUAAUGUCGGUGAUCCCUUUGACACGAGUAAAAUUUUGAAUUCUAUCCAUCCUCAGAGUCCUCUAUUUCAUUCCAUAAACCCAAAGCUGCCUCUAGCAACUCAACCACUCCUUCCCUUAAAAAAUACUCGCCACUACUCUGCACAUGCUAAGGAGUCAUCCUCGGAGAUGCAGGAUCUAAUUAGAUUAGACUCUACGAAUAGCGACGAUGAUUUUGAUCCGCUGUUGGCAAAAUCAUUCAGGUAUAACAGUGGAAAGCAGGAACAUCAGCAAACAACUCAUCAAUCGCUCCAACUACCACAGAUGGGCGAGGGUCUAAGCAAUCCGCUCUAUCCUUACUUUCUGCCUCAGCAACAGAAACAGAAAUCCAGUGGGGAAAUGGAUAAUCAAAUGAACACAUCAUCCUCUUUGGCAGAGAAACUCGGGGAUUUUGAUCUGCUUCAAGAAUACGGCUUGGAUUUUGGGAAAUUCACUUUGCAAAAUGGUGCGACGGCUACCCCCCCCUUAUCCUCAGCAUCCACCAGCAGGAAGCCGAGCUAUCAUCAGGAUAUCCCUAGUCAGGAUGCCGGUAACAGUAUUGCUAGUGCAUUUGGCUCGUCGCCCAAUCCUACCGCCGUCAAGUCGCAACAUAAUUGGACCAAGUUCGAGUAGAAUGAUAAAUUAUGGAUGAUAAAUAAGAUAAAUCUCGAGAAUCGGUGAAACAAUGGGAAAAUGAAGAGUCCUGCCUUAAUAAAGCGGCUACGUUUUGCAUAUCGAAGCACUAAUUGUAUAUACAAGAAUUAUAUAUUUGUUAUUAUUUAUAUAUAUAAAUAUUGAGAAUUUAUCGAACGCACAGCUCAGUGGCAUUGUCAUGAGCUCGCGUAUCUUUAAACUUCAGAAGAAGAUAGCAGGAAGAAGUCAGGGAAUGUGAUUUAUAUUGUUUUCCUGUCUUUUUUCCUCUUUGUUCGUUCGUUUAAGAUCAAUUUUGUCCUCUUGUAAAUAAUUCAGGGACAAGGAAUAAGUGACAAACAAUUAACAGCAACAAAAGACAAAUUAUUAUUCUCAUUCCAUAUAGCACUUGAGCGCAUAUUGCCACCUUUGAUAUGGAAACGUUGCGGCUUCUGUUCGUUUGUUUAAAUUCUUGUUAUUGUUUAAUUGAAGAGAACGCGAGUCCGAUACAUUGGCGAUUUUUGCUUCAAAAACAACAGCUAAGAAAUUUCUUCAUUAACUGUAUUACUUUUUUCAUUCUUCUAUCCCUUUCUCUCUUUGUCGUCUUACAUUCAAUUUUUUUAUUUACGCUUGGAAAGACGGUAAACAGAAGACAUCACAGAUAAUCAUUACAUCUUUUAAUACUGCUGGCAGGAAAAAUACUCAGUUGUAUAGUGCUAAAGAUAACGAUUAAUCAUAAUUUCCAACUAAAAGCAUAGUAAAAAAAAAAGAAAGAGAUCCUAAUUUCGCCUAAUGUAUCCGUAAAACCGUGGUCUUUUGUAUAGUAACUGCUCAAAUAGCACAAGUAAUUUAAUAAUGAAAUAAAUGAAUUAAUUAAAUAAAUUUACCAGAGAUGAA